AUGUCUCAAACAAUGAACAGCCGGCCUCCACCUGUAAUAGUUGAAGAAGAGAGACCGCAAACAUUUUCUAAAACACAAAGAUACGAUAGAACUCAUUUGGAAGCUCCUAAACCCAUUCCUAAACCAAGAGAUGAAAAAUUUUUUGUUGCCUCACAGAUAAAUCAGCGUGAACUGGACAGUUCUAGCUAUAGAUUAUCUCGUGUUCCACAAAAAUUCACCUCAACCAAAAUGAAUAAAGGAAUUCCUCCACAAAGUUUUGUAGAUCAAUAUUAUUCGAAUAAUCCGAAUGCUCAAGUAGAUACACGCACUCCAAAAGAAAAACUAGAAGAUCUUAAAGCAAAAUUAGGUGAAGAAAACGAAGAAUCAGAUCCACAAGAAAAAUUAGAUUUAAUAGUUCAGCAAAAAACACUAUCUUCACUUGUUUACGGUGAAACUUCCGUCGAAACAAUAAGAUCACUGAUAGCUAUGGGUGCUUUUUACAACACACAAUAUUUACCUGAAAGUGCAAUGCGACAUUUGAAGAAAGCAAAGGGAAUCACGGGUUCAGUACAAACAGAAGAUAAAGACUUACUCAGGCUUCAUGUAGAAAUCACAGAUUCUAAGAUGCAAACCCCUUCAAACACUCCAAAACAAAAAUUAUACUCAUCUUUCGAAAAAAUACUUUCACCAUAUAAGGAAACGAUCACAGAAGACAAGAAACUCGCUUACAGACGUAAUUUAUACAUGGCCGAGAUUUAUUAUUACCAAAAUAAAUUUGAAGAAGCAAUUCCUUUCUACGAAUCAGCUUCCGAAGGCUUUUCAGAAGCAAACACCAAGAAGGAACAGAAACCACAGCUCGCAACCCUUCUUAUUCACGAAGCUGAGUGUUAUCACGGAAUUGAAGACAAAAACAAAGAAAAAGAAUCCUAUGAAAAGGCAAUUGAUGUAUACAAAGAGUUAGAAAUGAAAUACGAUGUUGAUAAGUACCAGAAAAUCGUUGACGAACUUCAGAAACAGAUAGAAGAAGAAGAAAAACAAAAAGAAGAAGAAGAGAAAGAAAAACAUGAAGAAGAAGAACAAAAACAAGAAGAAACACCAAAAGAAACUCAUGUAGUAAUAGAAGAACCUGUAAAUGAAAUUGUUCAAAAUAUUUCUAACUCUAUGAAAUGA